UAGUACAUGGCCUGCCAGUAUGGAACAGUCUUCGAGCAGUGCUACGAGAAGCAAAGCCGACCUUCAAGUAUGUCGAGUUCCUGCUGGGGCACUACGCACAACACAUGGUGUCUUCAUCAGUAAAUUCUCGUCCUGGAAACAUUCACGCAGUAAACUUAUUUUACGCUUAACGAAACUUGUAUAACAUUGUCUCGCGAUUUAAUGCGUUUUGUGCAACAUAAUUCUCACAGUUAAUGUUACUUAGAAGAGAAGGUACGUAAUGUUGCGUUCGUACACGGGGAGUCUUUCAAAGACGCCACUCGGAAAUCGUGAGCUGGUAACAGCUCUUCGCGUCCCUUGUGCCUAUAUUUCAUGAAUACGAUAUGUGACUUUAAAUAAAAUCUUUCUAUCGUAUUUUUUGGCUAAAUUAUGUCGAAAUGAACUUCAUUACCUGAUUCAAUUUUACUACAAGCCAGACGCAUAGCUAUGACGUAACCGUUAUAUCUUGUUAUUUGCUCAUAUGUUUGCCAAGAAAUUUCAAGCUACCGAGGAUCUUGUUGUUUGUACAGUGCAACUUUAUGAAUAGGCGCCACCCACACAACUGUCUGCACGCUCUGUCGCACACCUGUUGUUACGUAUGGGUAUAAAAGCUGCAUAGCCUCUACUGGCGACCUUACAGUGUCGUGUUCACCGCUGUCGGUUGGUUGGGAGCGUUCCAUGCUAAGAUUGGACUUACAAAACUUAUUUUCUCAGUAGCUAUUUUCUCACGUCAACAUUGAAUUCCACACAGAGCAGCCAGGGAAGUUUUGUUUUUUUAAGAAUUUAGUUCAGUUCGUUUGAGGCAGAGGUCAGGAUUAGUCACGUUGGCAAGAGCGUGUAACAACAAAAGAAUGACGGCUGUCGGACGUAAACAAAAUCAAAAGCGUGGCUGCUUUGGACAUGCCACUAUCGUUCCGUACUUAUCGGUGUUCAUUUUUUUGUGUUGUGUAGAUAGUGCUUUAGGCCGCUUUGCAGUAAGCCAUCAACACAAUUCGCGCUACCACGUAAGGAACGCCGUAGGGGACUGUAUUUAUGCAAAUAUGACGGAAACUGCAGACGACGGCGUACAAUUAGUGGAAGACGAUUUUGGAACGUAUGAGGAUACAGCGACAGAUACGUCAGAAAGAGUGAGAAGAUUUACCUUAACUAACAGUAAUGGCAUGUCUGUUCAAAUAAUCACAUAUGGUGCUACUAUUACAUCUCUUAAAGUUCCCGACAAGACUGGAAAUGUCGAGGAUGUAGUGUUAGGUUUUGACAAUUUAGACGGCUAUAGACAAUCGCAGAAUCCUUAUUUUGGUGCCACAGUCGGUCGUGUUGCCAAUAGAAUUGCAAACGGUACAUUUCAGAUUGGGAACCAGACGUAUGUGCUGAAUAAAAAUGAAAAUGGAAAGAACAGCUUGCAUGGCGGUCUCGUUGGAUUCGACAAAGUCCUUUGGGAAUCUCAUGUACAUGGCAAGAAGGUGACAAUGAGUUAUUUAAGCAAAGACGGGGAAGAAGGCUACCCUGGAGAACUGCUGGCACAAGUGACUUACCAUCUGACCCAAGACAAUGUAUUAGUAAUUGAGGUUAAAGCUACAUCAACAAAGCCGACACCCGUUAACAUCAUCAACCAUUCUUACUUCAAUCUUGCCGGACAUUCUGCCGGUGUAAGUGGGAUAAAUGAGCACAUUGUUUCCAUUAAUGCAAACAAGUACACUCCAGUUGAUUCUGACCUGAUUCCAACAGGUGAGAUUGUGAACGUUGGUGGCACUCUUCUGGACUUGAGAAUACCACGUCGUCUGGGAGAUGUUCUUCCUCAAGUUUCUGGCGGGUAUGACAACAAUCUGUGUGUCAACCAGGCCAGUGUAUGUGGGAUGACAUUUGUUGCAAGGGUUGUGCAUCCAGAUUCUGGCCGUGUUUUGGAAGUCCAUUCUGAUCAGCCUGGAGUGCAGUUUUACACGGCAGGUGGGCUUCCAGAAGAAGGAACAACUGAUCCAAAUACAGUAGUAAUUGGAAAAGGUGGUGCACAGUACAACAAGUAUGGUGCACUCUGCCUUGAGACACAGAAUUAUCCAGAUGCUGUGAACCAUAAAAACUUCCCAAAUAGCAUACUGAAUCCUGGACGCAGAUACUCACACACAAUGGUGUACCAGUUCAGCACUGCAUAAGACUGUAAAGAAACUUAAACAAAAGAAUGAAAGUAUAGCAGCAAGAGUAGUUUUAAGGCAACAAAUGAGCUGCAUCUGCAGUAGUUCUCAGACCACUGUAAUGUGUUAAAAAGUAUAGGACAUAGGUGAAUUGGGUUUGGAAUCACAUUUUAAAAAUGUAAGACAUUGCAAAAGACAAAUUUUACAUGUUUAUACUGUGUUUAUAUUCACUUUGUGUCCUGUUUAUAUGAACUGAUUCUUAUAAGACUGUCCUGACAUUUCGACCUCUGUAUUUUCUCAGGUUUGUGGUAAUCCGUUUUACGUGUACAUGCGCAAUCAUUAUAAAAUAUUGUGAAAUAUUA